ACCGUCAACAAGUAAACAAAACAAAGUAUUAUUCUAUAUCGCAGAAAAAUGACAGAACAUGUAGGAAGACGGCUGCGUAGGUUUUGUUAAUGAUUUGCAGCUCCCACAUACUUACUCAACCCAGAUAGGCCCGCACUCUUGUUCGUGCCCCGUCUACUCCAUGCUGCGUUUCACCCCUCCGCUGACCCGUCUUCUCAAAAGUAUCUGCGACGUCCAAGAGAAGUUUCGCAAAGCAAUCUGGGAGUAUGAGAAAGUGUGCGUUUGAAUCACUUUCUCAAGUUGUAAUCUUCAUCAUUAAUUCGUCCCAACCGCAGCAUUGCUACAACUCAGAAGAUGAUAAAAGCAAGCGACAUCCUUCACAUCCCCAUCUAUGCCACAACGCAAAACCGCGCGCGGCUAGGCGAGACAUGUGCCGAGCUUAGUAUUCCCAAUGCUGUCGAGCACGCCGACAAGACGGCUUUUAGCAUGGUACGUGAACUAAUAAUUAUCAUACAAUAUCAUGGACACAGAGCUUUCGUGUCAACGUUGUUCUAUGACACAGUGAGGUAUCUGUAUCGGUAAUGCUAACCCAUAAUAUCAAAACCCAGUGGAUCCCCUCCAUCUCUCGACACUUCGACACUGGCACCCCAGCUGAAGUAAUCAUCGUGGGCAUCGAAUCGCACAUCUGCGUCACACAAACCUCAUUGGACUUGCUUUCCAAUGGCCAUAAAGUAAGUGUAGUUAGUAUUCGAUGCAAGGAGCUGCUAACGGUUGCGUAGGUAUAUAUAUUAGCAGAUGGAGUAAGUAGCUGCAAUCCACAAGAGAUACCUAUUGCGCUUGAGCGGUUGACGGCUGCCGGUGCUAUUGUGACAAGUUCGGAAUCGAUCAUGUAUGAGAUUAUGGGUGACGCAAGGUAUGUAGUUUUCUCACUCUACAGCACACAAGUGAAACUAAUUGUUUUAGUAUUCCCGAGUAAGUAACAUGGUAUAACCAUUCUUAUAUAAUGCGAUUACUAGAUUUAUUGACGCCCCUUUCGUAGGUUCAAAGCAAUUGCUACUCUGGUGAAGGAAUCUUCUGCGAGUACAAAGGAUGCGAUGACUGCCCUUCUUAGUAAGAUGUGAAGGAGUUUCUAAAGAAUGCAAAAUUAAGUACAUAGUUUAAAGACAUGGUAUUUUUAUCU